CCAGCAAGACACUGGCACAAGCUAUGGCAAAUGAAGUACAAGUCCUGCUAUCCCCACUCAAAGGGGGGCAUCCUCCUGCAGUAAAAGUUGGAGGAAUGCAAAUUUCCAAAAAACAAGAAAUCGGCAUGUUGGAGAAACAAACUAAGAAAACAGGAUUAGAGAAAAUAAGUGCCAUUGCAAAUGUUGCAAAAAUACAGACACUGGAUGCCCUGAACGACACACAGGACAAGCUCAACCAUAAAUUUCCAGCAACAGUGCACAUGGCACAUCAAAAACCCACACCUGCUCUGGAGAAGGUCGCUCCACUGAAAAGGAUCUACAUUAUUCAGCAGCCACAAAAAUAA